AUGUCUGGCAGUCUGAUAUUACUAGAUGACUCGGCCUUCUCACCUGGCUUCAGUCCCAGCUCUCUUUGGACCCAAGAUCCUGGCCAGCUGUGGUUACAACAGUGGUACCAACAUUAUUCCUCGUGGGCAGUGCAUAGCAAUGCGAAUACCUCGACGUAUGGAUCCUUCUCAGUUACCUUUGAAGGCAUUUCGAUUGCUUUCACUGGUAACACUCCUCCUCGCACGAACAAACAGAAUUUUUCCGUUUUCAUCGAUGGAGAAGAUGCCUAUAUUGCUUCAUACCCCUCUCAUACAGAGUAUAUGCAGUGGUAUAUGUCGCCAACACUGGAAGAGGGCACCCAUACUAUCACUCUUACAGAAAUGGAUAAUAUCGACGUUGAUUAUGCGAUCGUCGGUGUUGGCAAUCAAACAACUGUCCUCGGCAAUGACAUCCUGGUGGACGACACCAGUGAUAAUAUUGUCUGGACUGGAGACUGGCAGACAAAUACAAGUACCCUAACGCAUAUCACGGAGACCUCUAUCGUCAAUCACCCACUUGGGAAUUCUACGAAGGACAGUAAAACUGUUGGGGACUCUUUCUCUUUCGAGUUUACAGGGACGAGCGUAUCUGUAUUCGGGAUUCAGAGGAAUUCUAUAGUCGGAGUCAUCUCCGCUGAUUUCAGCGUAGAUGGAGGGGAAACCACUACCUUCUCUACAACCAGUACACGUUCUGGUAAUGACUUAGCCAACACGGUGUUCUUUUCAUCUUCGAUCCUCAGCUCUGGAAUUCACACACUUAUCAUGAACAUUACAGUGGUCGCUGGUGACCAGUCGCUGAAGCUUGAUUACAUCACUUAUUCUGGUCAGGUGUCCGAUAGCAAUAGCUCGCCAUCACCUUCAAGUAGUAGUACCAGUUCCCCCGGCUCGAAUCUUCCUUCUGGUUCCAGCACGUCGCAUUCCUUCAAAGGCAUUGUUGGAGGGGCGGUGAGCGGUGGUAUCAUUUUACUCCUGGUAAUAGCAGGCACUCUGUUCUUGUGGCGACGGAAAAAACAAGCUCAUCAUGAGGCUAAUUUGAUAAGCUUGUCUCGACCGUUUACCUGUUCGUCCAAUUUCCGCCCUGCACUUAUCCUUUUUAACGCUACUUUCUUUCAAGACACUCCAGACCAAUCUGUUGGUCGCCGGGCCCAGCCGUCUGUUCCAACGCCCUCCACAACCGAGCAGAAUUUCAAGACUUGGCAACAAAGUGGAGGCACAUCGGCUGUGAGAUCCGCGUCGACUGCCGGCUCCUCACAUGUGUCCCCUUCAUCACCUACCCUCGAACGACCUCGGUCUACCUCCGAGAAUCAAGCGGAAACCAGACGCCGACUCGAUGAGAUCAACAGUUUGAUAGCCCAGAUUGAGCAACCCUCGAACGAAAUGGCACAGAUACAACAGCUGCAAAGUCGAAUUGAGAUGUUGACUGAGGAGAAUACACGGUUGAUGGGAGUGUCGCCUCCGGCGUACGGAGACUGA